UCUCUCCAAGGCGCGUUUUUACACCCUUCAUUUCCACGCUACCAGCACUACACGAGGAGAGAGCAGAGACUAUCAGCUCGCACUAAAGACUCCUGAGACUUUUACAUUCACUCUCCGAACAUCAGGACACCUUCAGAUAGCACAAUGACGGAAGAAAAGAUCGCAAUAGAAGAUGUAAAGACUUCCAACGGUGAAGCGCAUAUAGGGGACACAGCCGUCGCCAAUGGCUUGAGUGACCGCAAGACGAGCGAGCCGGAGACCACCGGGCAGAAGCUGAAACGGGUCGCCAUGGCCAAUCUGCUGGUCAUCCUGACGGUGUCAGCGGUCAUCGUCGGCGUGUUCAUUGGGCUCGGCGUGCGCAGCGCCGGGUUGAGCCGCACUCAGAUCAUUUACUUCGGGUUUCCCGGUGAGCUGCUCAUCCGCCUGCUUAAAAUGAUCAUUAUUCCUCUGGUGGUCUGUAGUCUGGUGUCCGGGGCUGCCAGCAUUGACCCCAAAGCCCUGGGCAAGUUGGGCGGCUGGGCGAUGCUCUUCUUUCUGGUGACCACUUUGAUCUCGUCGGCUAUCGGCGUUAUCAUGGCGUUCAUUAUAAAGCCUGGUGCCAAUGACGGGAAAAAACUAUCCAUCAUCACUCAGGAUGACAGCGCUGUUCCCGAAGCCAAAGAAGUUAUCGAUUCGUUUUUAGACUUGAUAAGAAAUAUCUUCCCAUCGAACCUGGUAUCAGCUGCCUUUCAGUCGUAUGCCACUGGUUACAAGAUUGUGAAAAAUGACACCAACGCGACCAUCUUCUCCAUGGAAAAGGUUCCAGUUGGCACAGAUGUGGAUGGCAUGAACAUCCUGGGUCUCAUCGUGUUUGCUAUGGUAUUUGGGGUGGCUUUGAGGAAACUUGGAGAGGAAGGAGAGAUCCUUAUUAAGUUCUUCAACUCUUUCAAUGAGGCCACCAUGGUGUUGGUCUCCUGGAUCAUGUGGUAUGCACCACUGGGUAUUAUGUUCCUGGUUGCUGCUAAGAUUGUGGAAAUGGAGGAUGUUGGCUUGCUGUUCGCCAGCCUCGGGAAGUACAUCGCCUGCUGCGUCAUUGGCCAUGCCAUCCACGGUCUCUUCAUCCUCCCGCUCAUUUACUUCGUGAUUACACGGAAGAACCCCUACACUUUCUUGCUGGGAUUGGUCACCGCUUUGGCUACUGCCUUUGGAACCUCAUCUAGCUCUGCCACGUUGCCCCUAAUGAUGAAAUGUGUGGAGGAGAACAACGGUGUGUCCAAGCAUAUCAGCCGCUUCAUCCUGCCCAUCGGAGCAACUGUCAACAUGGACGGAGCCGCCUGCUUCCAGUGUGUAGCUGCAGUGUUCAUCGCUCAGCUUAACGGGAUCCCACUGGACUUUGUCCAGGUCAUCACCAUCCUCGUGACUGCGACGGCGUCUAGCGUGGGAGCUGCUGGCAUCCCUGCUGGAGGUGUGCUGACGCUGGCCAUCAUUUUGGAAUCAGUGGGGCUUCCAACCAGCGAUCUGUCCCUCAUCUUGGCUGUGGACUGGCUUGUAGAUCGCACUUGCACCGUCAUCAAUGUUGAAGGUGACGCCUACGGAGCAGGUCUUCUGCAGUAUUUCGUAGAUCGCACUUCCAGUAAAAAGGAGGGAAUUGAGCUAACUAAGGUGCGAGUGGAGAAAGAAGAAGAUCCCGCCUCCAGGCCAGAAAGCUCUCCACUUAUCGAGAAACAGGGAAACUUUGAAUUGGAAGAGGUUGCUGGACCUAAACCCUGUGACAAGGAGUCCAUUAUGUAGAUUUGCACAGUAUUUCAACAAACUUUCCUUCCCUACCUGACUGAUCUCACUAAAUCAGUCUCUGCAUCUACACAGUGACCAUGGGAGAGAUGCUGGUUUAAAUUAACAUGCUCUUGACCCUCCUCUGUACCUAGCUCUUAUGAAAAGAGUCUGCCAAAACUUAUGCACAUUUAGAUGGAAACAUGCUUGAACAAUUAUUUAUUAGAUGAUGGACAUUUUGGAACUUUUACUCCUUUUGAAUAUACAAAAAGUCAGUCCGGCCUUUUAAAAUGAUCUUAUUAUUAUUAUCAUUUAUUAUUAUUAUUAUUAUUAUUAUUAUAAUACAUGCCCUGAUAGUUCUUAAUAUAUGCUCCUAAAUUAAAACUCAGAUUUCUUUCAACACCUUUUUCAUGCAAAACAUCUCUUUAAAAAGCCAAAGUACCUGCAAGAACCUUUGCAUCCUUCACUGUCUAAUCAACACACCAAAUAAUACACUUUAGUUGGCGUUCUGUUCCGUUAUGGCGUUUUGAAAUACCUCGUUCAUGCUGAUUCCCUUUAAAACACCUCGGGCUCCUCAGAUGUUGGUCCAUCUAACAGGUGCUGAUACCUUCACUGAACUCAGGGGCCAAAAGAAAGGUGUAGGAAGCCUGAACUUUAACCUUAACUCACAGUUAAGAGCUGACAUCUUGCCUUCUGCAUCUUUGUCUUUAUGCAGACACCAUUAUGUUUUGUGGCGUCCUCUUUGGGGUCAAGUUGAUCAGACGUGAACACUAGCAAGUUAUAUCUUGUGUCUUAAAGCUGCAAGGCUGUUCAGAUAAGACUGUGGAAACCUGUAGGUGAGAGAGUUCUCUGUGUGCUGGUUGAUAAGCAACUAUCUGAGGUCAAGAGGUGUAUUGGUUUCAUUUUGAUCAGUUUCAGAAGAAAGCCACAGAUUAGAUGAAUCCAGACUGGAAGUGAGAUUUUGGAUUCUGGAAUAUUGCUUCUUCAUGGGGUGUAGGAACAUGUUAGAUGUGUUACAAACACUGUGGGCUUUCUAUGUUUUGCUCAGAAUUUUUUUUUUUUUUGUUUGUUUGUUUUUGUUAAAGAAUUUGGGGGGGGGGGAUUGUUUGCAUAUCCUUUUUUUUGUUAAAAAAAAAACAGAAAUGAAUUUACUAUGCAUGUUAUUUGGAGAAGAGCACAAAUAUGGAAUGCCUGUCAUUUUCAGAAGGUAUUGAAUUUUAUGAGGAGGAAUCAGGCAGAAUAUUCUGUUAACUAGCAGAAUUACUUUAUUCUAAAGUGUUUUUUGUUUGUUUGUUUGUUUGUUUUAAGAAAUGUUUUAUAUAUGUUCAACCUAAACACACCAGCAGAAGGAAAAUAUCAGGUGACAGGGUGCAAGAUGUUCGCUAGUGUACUGUAUGUUGACCAAAUGUUUGUCAGUGAUGAGAAGAAAGUCGACAUAAUAGCUAAUUUCUGUAGAAAUCACUUAAGUUUGACUCACAGUUGAUCGAUGUGCAGUUAAAUCCGACCAAAGAUAAACAUUAAUCUUUUUUUUUUGUAUUUGCUCACAAACAUUUUAAUAGAGUGCUUAUCUGCACUAUUAUCAGUCUAUCUUUUCUGUUCUGUUAGUGCUCAAGAUGUAUUUCAAAUCAAAUGUAUUAUUUAAAAUCCAUCUGUUCUGCUGACUGACUUCACUCCAUUAAAAGCCUGCAGUACGUGCAGUACUGUAAAGGCUUUUCAUUCCAGGUGGCUGUAGUGUAGCUGCUCUGUUGUUGCGGAUAUAUGUGGGUUUAACGUGGUUGUAUCAUAAAUGGUUGCUUGAUGAUGUCAUCAGCAGAGCCAAAGAGUACUGUUAAGAGAACCAGUGAAUGUACUCCACACAGACUUCGGAAUAAAGAAUUUUUUUUAAAUAAA